CCCCAGGUUUGCCCCGAUCUCGUUAUCGAGUGUUCCGCGGACGCACCUUUUGAAUUACUGCCCUCCCAUUGCCUACCAACAAAACCAACCCGGUACCAACCAUGCCCCCCGACGACUCGCCUGCCCCCGAAAUGGCCGUAGACGUCCAUGACAGUGUCCCUGGACCCUCCAGAGCACCCCCUGAGGCCCAAACUCAGCCCGAAACAAUCGAUCUCACGGACCAGCCCACGCCCAAGAAACGCAGAGGCGAUGGCCAAGAAGUCUCCCAGCCCAUAGUCCCCAGUGGCCAGAAGCCGAUCGAAACAACGAUCGAGGAGCUCUACGGAGACUCCGAAAUGUACCCCAACCCUCCCGAUGUCGAGGCCGAGAAGAACUGGGCCAUCGAAAUUGCAGCCAAGGAAGAAAGGGGCGAAGCCUGUGAGGCCGACUACAUGUCACUCACCUUUGACGAGAUCACUUACCGUCGAUUCCGCUUGGUCUUUGCACUCCGAGGCCACAGGGUCCGCUGCUCACGCUGUGCAGACAGGAAGCAGGCCUCAUGGCACCUCGACCAAGACGACCACGACAUCGUGUGCAAGAACAACAUGAUGAGCCCUGACAACCCGGCCAAGAUUAAGGAGUGCGGCCAUGUGACACGAUUGAGGAUAAUCGAGGUAUAGCCGUGAGCGAGAGCUUUCUUACGAUACCGAUUUCAUCCAGAACGGAUGAGAACUGACUGCUGUAGCACCGUGGGAAAGAUUGUAGUGUAUCGAGGGAGUAGUCCUGGGUUACUGUGUGUGUGUGUGUAGCUGGGGAACGGAUAAGGAAAUGGUGCGCGCUCCUGUAUGACUCUGGGCGCGUCAACGCGUCAGGCUGCUGGACAUAUAAGGCCGCCCCCUCGCCCUGCUCUGCUGGAGA